CCACCUGUCAGAAUGUCAAUCAAUGUCAAAUGCUCAAUUUUGAGGUUAUAAUAAAUUUCGCAAUCUCUCACGACAUGUUAUGGUUGAAAUUCAAAGGCUUUUUUAAUGUAAAACCUAGUUCAGACACACUAAAAAACUUCACACACACAAACUUGAAACUCAAGCGGCAUCAAUGGAUUGCGGAAUUAUUAUCAUCGGUCAAUAACACUGAAAAAACUGCGGCAAUGUCUUCAGCGUUCAAAUUUCGGCUUCUCUUUCGGGAUUUGGCCGCGAUGAGGAUGUGGGGGCUUUGGUCGAGGAGCUACCUGCUCAGUACAGUGGCCAAAAGGUGUAGAAAAGACCGGUUUUUAGAAAUUUUUCAAGUUUUUCGUCAGACCUUUUUGAGGCCUAAAAGGACCCUUCUGCUGUCGGGUACAGCUGCGUACCACCGCUCAGAUGACUAUGAUGAGGAUGCGUUUGGAGCCUGCAACGCUGACAUUACUGAUGAAUUUUUAGAGCAUUUAAUAACGGAUCUAGACUAUGUGGAUGUGCUGGUGCAACAGACGCUGUACUGCCAGCGCUGCGGGAAGCGCCUCGUGCUGGAGAAAAAGAUGUCGGGGAUCAGCUACUGCCGCUGCGACAAGCCGCUCCGGGGCCCCACUCCAGACGAGGGCUGGGAGCCGUUCCUAGAGGCCGAAGAUGUUGUCAUCUGGAGAAGGGAGUACAAGCGCGGGAAGGGACUGUAUGCAUAUAAAGUAUACGGCCGCUACAACGAGCUUCAAGCAGAACACUUCGCGUCUAUCCAACUCGACGUGGACUACCGUCGCACGUGGGACGACGCGGCGGCGGCGCUGGCCGUGGUGCAGGAGCGCGCGCGCGGCGUGCCCGGCCAGGCGCUGCUGCACUGGGAGGUCGUUUGGCCGAGGUUAUUCACAAACCGCGAUUACGUGUACCUGCGGCGUCACAAGCAGUUCACACUCGCGACCAACUCGCGCCACCGGGACAGCAUCAUCCGCGCGCUGCCCAAGGCCAGGAAGAAGGACCGAGAGUCAUCCAGAAGCAGCGGUCGGCACAGCGAAGAGCGCGAGAAUGUUCACUCGCGGGCCAAGAGACGAGCGCUGGAGGAGGAGGCGCGGGGGGCUACGGAUGAACCGCAGGAGAAAGUGAACCGAGUUUUCGUGAUAGUUUCCCGCUCUUGCCAGAGCCCGCUCGUGCCGGAGUACAAGCACACGGUGCGGGUGCAGGAGUACUGGAGCCACAUGAUCGUCAGGACUAUAGAUGGCGCUGAUGAGCUAGGCAUGGAAUACGUGCUAACGUACUUCGACGACGGCGGCAUGGGCGGCAUGCCGAGCGGCGUGGCGGCGUGGGCGACGGGCCGCGCCGCGCCCGCCUUCUUAGCCAGGAUGAGACGGGCCACUGGAGACUAUCAGGAGUACUUGGAUAAAGAGGCACCGAAUAGACCCCCGUUUUUUAAGAACCCUUCCGACAAUAGCUCUAAAAAUGACAAUGUUGAUGCUAGCCAAACCACAGUGACGGAUAGCACGAUUGACGACGUCACAACGCCAACCAAUGAAUGCACUACCGAACCGGAAACGGAAGUCAAAGAUCCAACCGGAAGUGAAACGAGUAACACAGCAAUUACAGAAACUAACGAAGAUAUCUCCACUAAUGUCCCAGUUGAGACAGUCAUCGAAGAAAAACCACCAGAAGUAAUAGACGUCGAGACAGAAGCAGAAGUCGAAAUAAAACAUGCAAAAGUCCAAACAAAAUUAAGCGAUAAAGAACCGUCGAUACCAAUUUGUUCGGAAGACGAAGAAAAACCUAAGAAAAAAGCGAAAAAGACAAAAGUACGCCCAAUAAGCAGUGACCAAGAUAUAGCAGAAAAUAGUGCCCUGUUGUUAGACAGCAAAAAGCCACGGAAAGACAAAAUCGAUCCGGCACAGGUCACUCCGCUAGUCAUUGAAAGCAAUGAAGAUAUCGCGGGCAAAGUUGGCAAAAAAAUGGGCAAAGUCGAUAAAAAAUUGGGCAAAAGGGGAAGAACAGAGGAGAAAUUGGAGGAAAUCCUUGGUGACAACGAACCGGUGAUAGAAGACGCGAGUGCGAGUGAUAAAGAUGCGGAAAGCUGGCAAAGUGAUGACACGAUAGCACAAAAAAGUCAAAAUAGCAGUUUAUCUAAUGAAACGGAAAACGCCAGCGGGCAAGAAGGAGACGACACUAUAGACGAAGCGACGCAAACCAAAGGUGCCUGGUAUCGCUAUUUGUAUCCCUUUUACUAUUUCAUAUGACCUCCCAAUGACACUGUCAGAGGUUUUGACAGUUGAUUCAAAAUGGCGCCCCAAAUUCGUUGUGUGAUUAAGAUUUUGACAGUAGUUGUGUUACGUAAAAUCGGUCUUAUUUCGUUUCA